AUGCUGACCCGCACCUUACUCUGCUCAGCAGCACUCCUUGCAACAGCAUGGUCAAAGCCGCUGGCUGCACGGCAAUCAGACGACACCAAGGUCGGCUAUUUCUUGACAACGUUCCCUCUCGAGGAUGAGGCGAUAUACAUGUACCUGUCCAAUGGCAACGAUGCGCAUUCCUGGACACAACGCUCUACCAAUGGCACUACCACCGGGGGUGCGAUCCUCCGAAGCGACGUAGGGACCACUGGAGUACGAGAUUCGCACCUUAUCCCGUCUCAAGAUGGCAGCAAGUUCUGGCUGAUCGCCACCGACCUCAACGUCAACAGUUUCAAGGAGGACUUCAAUGAGGCAACUCGUUUCGGCAGUCGCUCGAUUGUGGUAUGGGAAUCUGACAGCACCCUGGCAAAUUGGAGCCCAGCUCGUCUGACGGAAUCCAUCGUCGAUGAGACUGCAGGCAACGUGUGGGCACCAGAGGCCGAGUGGGAACCUCUUUUGAAUGCGUACGUUAUGAUAUUCGCCUCGAGGUUUUGGGAUCCUGCCGAUGUUGAUCGAAGAGGUCCACAGCCACCUAACAAGCUCAUGUAUGUCACCACGACAGACUUCGUGAACUUCUCGGAAGCAAAAGAGUACUUCUACCCUGGCUACCCUGUCAUCGACGCAACAUUCUUGCCUAUGCCAGAGGAGGGCGAGAAUGUAUGGUAUCGCUGGGUCAAGAGCGAAGUCGACUACCUAAUAUACCAGGAGCGCUCAGAAAAUGGCAUCCUUGGUGACUGGAGCAGAGUCGGUGGCGCGCCAGAGUCGGAGCGCAUCACUUUCGCUCAGCAAUACAACAACAACGAAGGCCCACUCAUCUUCAGAGACAACGUUGACCUGGGUCUAUAUCAUCUCUGGAUUGAUGAGAACACUCUGCAGACUUACAUCCCGUCCACGGCAAGGACAUUGAACGACAUGCAGGCUUGGCAGGCUCAGAGUUUGGAAGGAUUCCCAGACAGUAUCAAACAUGGCCAAGUGUACGCAGUCAAUCAAGCUCAGUACGAUGCGAUCGUGGCGAAGUAUCCAGCCGUCGGAGUAUAA